AAACAAAGAAAAAGCUCUCUUUGCCCAGAAAAUUUUCCGAAAUAUGUCCGGUGGAUACCCUCAACACCCUCCCGGCUACGGGUACGGCGCCCCGCCGUCUCAGCCGUACACAGCCGCUCCAUACACCGCCGGCGCUCCGACUCCGCCUCAUCCGUACGACGCUUCGACUCCGCCUCAGCCGUACGGCUCUCCGACUCCGCCUCAGCCGUACGGCUCUCCGACUCCACCUCAGCCGUACGGCUCUCCGACUCCGCCUCAGCCGUACGGCGCUCAUACUACGCCUCAGCAGUACGGCGCUCAUACUACGCCUCAGCCGUACGGCGCUCCAUACGGCGCUGCACCAUACGGUGCACCUUCUGCUCCCUAUUCUGCCCCUCCGGGCGGGAAGCCACCAAAGGACAAGCCCCAGGCGCAUGGCUUCGGCGGUGCUCCUCCAGCACACGGCGGGAGCUAUCCUCCGAUGGGAGGCUAUGCGAGCCCGUUCGCAGCUCUGGUGCCGUCGGCGUUUCCACCGGGGACAGAUCCUAACAUCGUGGCUUGCUUUCAAAUGGCCGAUCAAGAUGGAAGUGGAUUCAUCGAUGAUAAGGAGUUGCAGAGAGCGCUUUCUUCGUAUAAUCAAAGCUUUAGUCUCAGAACUGUUCGUUUGCUCAUGUAUCUCUUCACUAAUACUAACACCAGGAAGAUCGGUCCGAAGGAGUUCAUUUCUGUGUUCUUUAGUCUUCAGAAUUGGAGGGCCAUCUUCGAGAGAUUCGAUCGGGACAAGAGUGGAAAAAUCGAUGUCAAUGAACUCAGAGAAGCACUUUUGAAUCUAGGAUUUGCAGUUUCUCCGGUUGUGUUGGAUUUGCUUGUCUCAAAGUUUGAUAAAACUGGAGGCAAAUCCAAAGCCAUUGAAUAUGACAACUUCAUCGAGUGCUGCCUUACAGUUAAAGGACUAACUGAGAAAUUCAAGGAGAAGGACACGAAUUUCAGCGGUAACGCGACGUUUACUUACGAAGCCUUUAUGCUCACCGUUCUGCCAUUCCUGAUUGCAUAAAUCAAUAGAUUAUGAAAG